AUGCCCCUCAGGCUGCUCCUCCCCCGCACGACCUCCGAGAUCUUCAACGAUCCCUCCGCCGAUGUCAUUCUGAUUUCCUCUGAUCAGGUUGAAUUCCACCUCCAUCGCGUUGUCCUCGGCCUUGUUUCGCCCAUCUUCCGCACCAUGUUCACACUUCCUCAGCCUCAGGCGCCGGAUGCCCACGUCAAAGCGCUCCCCAAGGUCCGCAUGAGCGAGUCGUCCGCAGUCCUCGAGCAUAUGCUGGCCUUGUGGUACCCUGGGGUUCCCGCCCACGACGACAAUGACGCUUGCCGAGCUUGA